GGAAUUUCAUUUCAGUGCGGUUUCUUUAAACAGCUUUGAUGAAUUCGCUUGAUUUUACCAUAACAACGGGAAUACGCUGGAUGUGGAUAAUGCGAAGAUAUAUUUUGAAAACAAGGCUCCUCUGCUGAAGGGGAUACGUUUCUGACUACAUAUGUAGUGAAGCACAGUAAGAGAUAAGCACAAAAUAUGAACUAUUUCUUAAGAAAUCUUGGUGAUGCUACUUUUGGGACACAGCAGUGCUGCAGCAGUUAUUGAUAGCGUGGAAAAUGGUUACGAAAUGGUGAUAAAUCAUGAGCCCUGGUGGGGCUAUAGCAUGAAUGACGAAGAAAUGGGAUCCAGUUACAGAUACUUCUAUCCAUUCUUCGACCACGAAGACGAACCAAACUCAUUUCAUUGGCAUCAGCCUCCAAUUGUUAAGCCUCCUUUGCCGCCCAUGCCACCUAUGCCACCAAUGCCAUCACCAGAAGCUACUCGUGAAUGGCCAUCUUGGCUACCACCUAUUAGACUCAUUAAACUACCUCUGGAUGAACCCCCAGCAGAUGAAUGACGGCUUUUAGGAAUCAAUUGUAAUUUGAAAGAUACAGGACUCGUGAACUGAUACCUUGUAAUAUAAAUAUUUAAUUUAUUGAAAAAUAGUUUAUGCUAGUGAUAAGUGAUAUCCGAAAACUUUUCUCUUUAGUCUUUGUGUUACACUUCCUUACCUCGUUAUUCGGAAUGAAUGUGUAAUGGCAUCAACACUUAAACUAACAAUAUUUGAUUCUAAAACUUUGUGAAUAAAUAUAUAGUGCUAAAUCAUGGCAUAGUUUCCGAAACAAGAGCAAA